AAGCGUCGGUGGUGUUGCUGUUGUUGCUGGCGGAGGACCGCCCGGAUCCGAGCCGGAUCGGUCCGCGAGGAUUCACGACGAGGAAGAAGAGGAUAUCACCGAGAGGGAGGACGAGGAGGAGGACGAAGAUCCGUGCAGCUCGCCGGAACCCGACCUUGAAAACGAAUCCGAACCCAUGGAGAUCCAAGCCUCGGCUGUCACCGCGGCGGCCGCGAACCUCCACGCGCUACGUCAACACGUAUUCAAGAUGUCGGAUUACUGGCAGCAGCCGCAACGUGGUCCGCCUCAACAUUCGCCCGGAUUACAGCACAGUCCUAUCUCGAAUUCGACACAGCAGCAGCACCAGCAGCAUCAACAGCACCAACAGCAUCAACAGCACCAGCAGCAUCAACAGCAGGUGCAGCAGAUGCACAGUCCGCUCAGUCAGCAGCAGCAACAACAACAGCAGAACGCGGUUUCGCAAGUACAACAAAACGCGAACGCGACAAUGGGCACCGCGAGCCCGCAACAACAAUUGCAGCAACAGCAGCACGCGCUGUCGAUGAACCAGACCACCCAAGGACAGCAACAUCAGUCUUCCCCGGCACCGACGACGCCGUCGCCGCAAGCGGACCAUCAGGGCGCCAUCGCCUCGAGCAUGGCCCAGAGUCUGCAUAGCCUUGCGCAAGCACAGCAGACCAUGUCGCAAGCGUCGAGCCCAUCCCUGGCGGUCCAGGCCGUUCAGGCGGCUCAGGCGCUCAAUCAGAACCUUGGCCAAGCGUUAACUCAAGCGCUCACGCAGAACAUGCAGCAGAAUCUCGGACAGACUCUAGCGCAACACAAUCUAGCGCAGAGCCUGACACCGAGCCUGUCGCCGCAACAACAGCAGCAGCUGCUCAACCAGCCGCAGAAUCUGAGCCAAGCGAGCCAAAGCUUGCAGCAGAACAUCCAGAACCAGGCGCAGAAUCUGUCGCAGACGCUACAACAGCAAGCGCAAAACCUGACGCAGAAUCUCGGCCAGGCGCUUAAUCAGCAAGCGCUACAGCAGCAGGCGCAAAAUCUCACGCAAAAUCUGCAGCAGCAAGCGCAGAAUCUCACGCAGAAUCUACAACAACAGGCCCUCAACAUGGCUGGCACCAUCGCGCAAAACGGCGGCCUCGCCGGUAUGAAUAUGUCGGCCGGUCAGCAGCAGAAUUCUCAAAACUCCAUGCUGAGUCCGGGCGCGACCAGCCAGGAUUCGCACGACGCCACACUCACGGAGAAGCUCGUCAACGAAUUACAGUCUCGUGCCUCUGCGGCGGGGCUUGGAGGUGCAGUAGGUGCCGGCGGUGGUGGAGGAAUGGGCAACAUCAGUGAACGCACCCUCGAGGAAUGCUGGUCUACCCUGCAGCGAUUCUUCUCGCAGAUCUUCAUGCACAAGAACGCGAUGCAGAUGCACGCGAGGGAGCUUGGCGCGGGUGCGCUGACGGCGAGGCCCGGUGGCGGUAUCGCCGGAGGUCUGGCCGGCCUUGGCGUCGGUGUCGGCGUCGGCGUCGGACCCGGUGGCAUGAUCGGCGGCAACGAGGUUAAGCCGCACCAGUGCCAGCAGUGCCUCAAGUCGUUCUCCAGCAAUCAUCAGCUCGUGCAACACAUCAGGGUCCACACCGGCGAGAAGCCGUACAAGUGCAGCUACUGCGACCGCAGGUUCAAGCAGCUCAGCCACGUGCAGCAGCACACACGACUGCAUACGGGUGAACGACCGUACAAGUGCCAUUUACCGGACUGCGGGCGGGCCUUCAUCCAACUGUCGAAUUUGCAGCAACACCUGAGGAAUCACGACGCUCAGGUGGAGCGGGCGAAGAACCGGCCGUUCCACUGCAACAUCUGCGGCAAGGGCUUUGCCACGGAAUCCAGUCUCCGUACUCACACGUCGAAGGUCAGUCAUUGUUCGAAGUACCCAUGGCAACGAUUAAAGGAGUUGCAACAGCGUGUUGUGUUCCAGCAACACGCCGCCCUGAUCGGCGGCCCGAAUGCAACCAGCUGUCCAGUAUGCCACAAGCUUUUCCUCGGCGGUGAGGCGCUGAUGGAGCACAUGAAGCACACCCACAAGGACCCGAACGCCUCCGGAGUUGCCAUUCCCUCCGCUGACUGCACAACCUCCGUUGCCGGGGUUUACCUAGCGAAGCGACGGACCGCCAACCACCCGUGCCCAGUGUGCGGGAAGCACUACGUCAACGAGGGUAGCCUUAGGAAGCAUCUGGCCUGCCAUCCUGAGACCAGUCAGCUUAGCACGAGCCUCAGGAUGUGGCCGUGCUCGGUGUGCCAAGCCGUCUUCACUCACGAGAGCGGUCUCCUGAGCCACAUGGAGCAUAUGAGGAUGGACCCGAAGCAUCAAUUCGCGGCGCAGUACGUGCUAAGCCGCGCGGCCGCCGAAAGGCGGGAGAGAGAGAUCCUCGCGAGUUCGAGUUUAGGAGCGGGUUUGGGCGUGUUGGGCGGAAGUCAAUCCGGAGGACCGCAAAACUUGCAACAACCACCGAUGUGCCCGUCGCCGUCCGCCCAUUCGGAUAGCAGCAGCGGCAACGGAAGACUGUCGUCGGCCGGUAGUGAACCUGAUUUCUGCGCAGGCACCGGUCUACUGAACAACAAUAACAAUAACAACAAUAACAACAUGGCAUCGCCGGGACCGAGCGGCAACAAGCUCAGCGAGAUGUUGCGAGCGGGUAGUCAACCGGGCUCGGCGCAGCAGUACCACGACGAGAUGCAAUCGCAGCAGCAACGCAUGGCUGUCAUGGCCGCCGCCGUGUCAGCGGGAUUGCAAAAUUCCGUGUCGCCCAAUCUGUCACCGGUCGACAUGGCGUCGCUUGCGGCGGCUAUGAGAAUGGGCAACAACGGUGACAUGAGCGGCAGUACUCAAGGAUCGACGGGACCCCAACAGCAGGGAGUGCAAGCGGGUGGACCGGAACAAGCUCUGAGAAUGCAUCAGGCGGAAGCUUUGCUCCGUUCCCAAGCCGAAGCUGCCCUUAGACUUGCGGUAUCUCAAGCGGCGGCAGCUGCGGCGAGUUCCGCGGUGGGCGGCGACGUAAGGCAUCAUUUAGGACAGCAUAAUGGAGGCAGCACUUCCGGCAUGCCAGGACAUCAUACGAAUCAGCAAAUGUCUCAACAGGAUACUCUAACGCCGGAUCUCGGAGAAGCGUUGCGGCUACAAGAGCAGCGAUUAGAGCAGGCCCUCAGGCUCCACGGUGAUCCGCGCGCCCUGAGCUUCACUCUGGCUCAGCACGUUGUCAAUCAGCAGAGCAAUCAGCAACCCUGAAAAUUCAGUUACUACUGAGACGAGUGGACCCCUUGGGCGCCGGAACAGAUGGCCCUGCAGCAAAACGAGCGCAUGAACCAACAGCAGUCGCAAUUGUCGACUGAGCGCUCGACGCCACUGCACGAUCAACAGCAGCAGCAGCAGCAGCAGCAAGGCCCGUCUUCCAUCGGUCAUCAUCAUCAGCAGCAGCAGCAGUCACAACAGCAGCAGCACCAACUUGAAGACCGUGGCGUCAAGAGGAAAGCCGAUGAGAUGAUCGGUAACUCCGAGAACGCGUAAGAACAAUCAUGUUCGGUUGCGGAUAACGAUGACGUCAUCGUCAUUGUCAUUGCCGACGUGAUUUGCUCGAGCGCCCAAGUGCGGUCGUUAGAUUUUCGCUCAUUGUCUCAGCAGUAAGAAAAUGUUGAACAAACAGAAAGACUUGAAGGGGGAAUGUGUAAUUCGGUGUCUUCCUAAUCGGAUAGAACCGACGUGGCCGGACCAACCGGAAAUCGACCGAGAAGACAUCCUUCUCUCUCGGCCGACGAACUAUCCGGAUGGGAUCGUGCUAGGAGAAGAGUGAGAAUACAUACGCGUAUAGCAAUCCGUUGCACGGCGCGAGGCGGAAGGAUCGCGGUGGCGAUGGCCGUUUCUCGCGAUUCCCGCGUAAUUCCCGCGCGAUAGCCGCGCGUCGUUGUUCCUACACCGGUCCUGGAUGAAGAAUCUUCCAAACGGAUCUUACAAUGGCGUUCCUCAUGUCGGAGUGGAUUCCGUCAGGAUUCUCAGGACACAUCGCCACCGCCAUGCCGCCGCCUCGACUUCCGAAACGUGCCAUAAUAACUAACGAGAAGCUGCUGAAGUAAAAACAGUAAGGUCAUCCUGGGUAUUCUGUCCCGGGGUGCGCCUCGAGGUACUACGAUCUUUUUAGUACAAGAGCCGAUCAAGCGAUACGCGACGGUUGCCGAGGGUCCAAUCGGGCGAUCCUCGACCGUCCCGUGUGGCCGGGCUCAACAAAUCUAAACUACUAUAUAAAUAUUAUACAUAGAUACGUCUAUCUCUACCAAACCGCGCUUAAAAGGUUCCACUCCUUCAACCCCCCUAAUCUUAGAAGAAAGCUCCCGUAAUGCUUAAAGCAAAUUACACACCACCGCAACAACCACGUAUGAAGGCUCAUCGUCAUCAUGGUGUGUGUCGCGCGGUCGCGGCGAACAUUCCACCAUCAUCGAUGGUGCCGUGUCGCCGUAUUGUACGGUUGUUAAUUAUAUACGUACUGAAAUCCCCUUCCCCGUGUGUGUGUGUGACAGACGGACGCGACGGGAUCCGUACAGACGUUCCCUCAUCCGCGAUCGACGUUUCGCGCCACGACGACAAAGCAACGUUGACACUUCGCGCUCGAGAAACGAACGUCGUCGGACGUACACGCGUCGAAAUAGAUACAUACGCACACACACGCCAAUAUACACACGUAAAUACAUACGGAGACACACAUGUGUACAAUACAAUUCACACACACAUACACACACACACACACACACACACACACACACACACACAUAUAUAUAUAUAGAUUAAAACUCAUCAGCAGCACACUUUUAAGGUGAAGAUAUAAUGCGCGCAACUUGUGCUCGUCGGUAGCACGAAAACUAUUAGCUCAUAAGCGAACAAACAAAAUAUAUAGUUAUUACAAAUAGUUAUAUUAUAUAUAUUAUAUAUACAUACAGAGUAUGAGGAGAGAAAGAGAGUAUGACAGACAAAAAAAAAAUCGGGCAAAACCCUUCACACUUACACGUUUAAUAGAAGAAAAUACGGUAAGCGUGAAAGAGCAAGCACUUUUCGUGAGCAAAACACGCGAUGGAGGAGAAGAGAGAAAUAAAAAAACUAAAUGCUAAAUAUUAUAUAUAUAUUAUAUAUAUAAAUAUUAUAAAUAAUGAAUAUAUAGGGUCUAUGAGACUAGGAUAGUUAGGCGAAAGGGAAAUAUGAGCGAAUGUGGAGCGCGCGCCCCCGUAAGUUUUACGUGAUCUCAAGCAUUGUCGGUGAGAGAAUGCGAUAGCACAGAGAGAAAGAAAAAAAGAGCGCGAGGAAAAGACGUGUGCGAACGAGAGAAAAAGAACGAGCGCAAGAGAGAAAGAAAGAUAUACGUGAAUGAUUUUACGAAUGAACGACCUUGGGAUCAGCGUAAAUGCGCGGGCGCGCCGUCGAGCGGAUGGGCAGAUCGAAUGAACGCGAAUGCUUCGUGAGCAUCAAGGAAGAGCGAAUGCGAGGACGAGAGUGAGACUUUAGAAUGGCGUGCUUCAGGUAAUCUGAGGUCCUGUGAUCGUUAUAAGCAAAAUAUUUUUUUAUUUCCGGGUAAUAUAAUCUGAAACGCGUAAAACUUCUUGCGUCGUUUUGAAUUUUUACUUGCAAUAUACCGUUACGUUCUCGCAAUACUUAGGAUGAAGAAGAAUAAGAAGAAGACGAAUAGGAAUAAAGAAGGUGGAUGAACAAAAAGAACAAACGAAAAAAAAAAAAACGAUACGAAGAUGAGGAUGACGAGGGAGAGGAAGAAUAUGAACGUAGGUUUGAUCGUGGAAGCGAACUUUUAGAGACUCGAGCCAGCCCCUUGCCCUCCUGAAAAUGUUCCCCUCUUUACGCGACGCCCCCAUCAAUCUAAAUCGACCAAAUUUUCCUUCCCCAUCUCUCCGAACUUUUGACAAAAAUUAUGGAUCGUUCGUACUUUCGAUGAGGUCAUCUUUCAAUGAGAGACUAGACGAGACGCUGACUGAAGAGAAAUACGUUUGACAUUUUGAUUGAAAAUCAUUUCUCAACAUUAGAUAAUGGAAACGCGGAUCCCAAAAAGAAAGCAAAAUCAAGAGAAGAGAGGCGGUUUCAAAAAAAAUAGAGGAAAAAAAUAAAGAGACAAAAAAAUUUUGGAAGGUCGGUUCGACGCGCAUUCACCUACGAUACGAUUCGAUUUCUUUGUUUCUUCGACUGGUAAUCGCGGACUGACAAAUGCGGAAUUGAAUGCUAGCGUACCGAAAUUAUUCACAUUUCUGGACAUCAAACGUCGAUCGCGUUACUGUUGUUGUUGUUGUUGUUGUUGUUUUCUUCCGAAGACUUUCGACGAGAUCUUUCGUUUUUGACCGACUCAAUUUUUAAAAAUACCUCAGCCUCUAAUCCUUAUUUUUUUAUCAGAAAACUCCCCUUCUCCCACACUCUUUCCAUUGUUUUGUUUUAAAAAAAAAAACGAUACUUUCCGAAUUGCAGCAUUACGAAUAUAAUUGACAAAAUUUUUCUCCCGCUAUACUUUUAUAUGGAAAUAUUUUCCAUAGAAAUUUUGAAACAAAUUUUCCAAAAAUUCUCUUAAUUCUCCUGUUCAUGAUCCCUCUUGCAAGCCCCUUCGUUCGCCAAUUACGAAAGUAACCUAACGUCGUCAUCUUCGUUGAACGUAAAAAAUACACGCCGAAAAGCCGCCGGAUAGCCAGGCUUUUUGACCAUCUGGGGCGAGAGAAGGAAAGAUUGCUAAAGGAUUCAUCGUCAAAGCUACAUUAACGAUUGCACUCGUCUCGCGAUCGGAACUCGAUGGAUAUGUCUGGUACGUUUUCGAAAAAUUGUUCACUCUUCCGAAAACGUCUUUAUUAUUAUCGGGAUCGAUUAUUCGCACAAAAUCAAUUAAAAAAAAAAUCUAGAAUCUUUGGAUUUGCUGUUAUUUUUUUGCGGAGAAGAAAAGAAUUUAAGAGAGGGCCUCCCUCGAGUUCCGGCUAUCGCAACCGCGGGUCGAUUCAUUGAUCGUUAUUAUUAAAGUUUUUGCGUUACAGGGCGUUUUUUCCUCGGAUUAAGUAGUAUGUAAAUACACCUUGAUAUCACAAGCAUAAACUGAGAAUUUACUGGUAAACUUAAACAAACGUACAUAAUGCGAAAUAGGGUUAGUUUCUAUGUAAAUACCUAAAGCUGGACGAGUGCAUACACCUCGUUCACGCAACCAACAAUAAUCGUUUCUUAUCAAACCAGAACUUUUGUUCGUUAUCGGUGUGCGCCCCUGAUGAUCGGCGAUCGCUUACGUCUGCCCGAUACUCCUACGGAAAAAGCAGAUUUAACAUCUCGAGGAAGGAUCGCGCGUGUAAGCAUUCACCGUUCAUCUGGGACCGAUCACCGAUCAAGAAAUUUUUUUUUUUCUCGACACCGAUACUCUGACACAUUGAUACACUUACACACACACACAGACACACUCAUACGGCAUUGCGAUGGAUUGUACAGUUACGAUAGGAAUACGCGAAAUACCUGAAAUGCCAUCUUCGUACAUUUCGACGCCCGUCUAAUAUAAGACUUUCAGGAAAGAUUUUUAGGAAAAUUUUCAUUAGUCAAUAAUCGCGCUUGUCUUUUUUUUUUGAAAAAUAUUAAAGUCGUUAAACAAUGCAAACGUGAUGCAGAAAAUCGAGAAUGAAAGAGGCCGGAGAAAAUCUGAGAGGACAAAAGAGAGUGGUGAGAAUGGAAAAUUGAUAAAUUUCGGCAUAAAAAAAUCGAAUAAAAAUAUAAACCGAUAUCUGUGAGCUUGAAGAGUGAAACGAUGGAGUGGAUGAAGAGAGCUUAGUUAGGCAAAGUUAUUCGGCACUUAUCACGCGAUUGAAGUAAAAUUCUCAUUGGAAUUUGCGAGGCAUUUAAAAUCGAAUUUCAAUCUAUAAUAACUUUCAAAAAGUAUCAUUUUAUUUCACGGUCCCUAAUCGAGCGUCGACAGGUAUCGAGAAUGAUGCACGAAACGGUAGUAAGAGCGCGAAAGAGUGAAAUAAGAAAGGAUUAAAAGAGAGAUCCAGCGUUACUACUUAUACCAUCUCACUAUCACCAUCACAAAAAAUUUUAAUAAAACAACAACAACAAAAUACAAAACACUACCACCACUACCACGUCGAGAUCCUUCAUGAUGAUCGCGAUCAUGAAACGAUUGAUAGACGGCUGUUUUCGACCGGUGCAUCCUGCCGUGCGCCGAGGGUUGCUUUUUUUUAAUUAACGAAGCGAUAUGAUCAAGAUCGGGGCGGGAUAGUUUUCAAUCUUUCCUCGAUCGCAAUUAAAAUGCACAUCUCUGCGCGAGAAGGAAGAAUUCCCAAGGCGCCGGCCCAUGCCCCGCGAACGUGUAUCAUAAUUUUAAAUUUAAACGAAAGAUAAUGCAAAAAAAAAAAACACACAAGCGCGUUAAACAAUAGAUCUAGUAGUGUAUGUUCUGUAAUCAACUGAGACGUAAGCGAAGAUAAAGACAAGAUAAUAAUAAUAAAAAAAAAAUGCGGAUCACACCGCGGAAAAAAACACAAAAAAAUAAUUUACAAAUAUAUUGAUUUACAUAUGCCCGUAACUCGUAAGGGGGCCGGUGGCGCAAACGCGUCCGCCCGCAUGAGAUUUUCGGGCCCUACGACGGCGAUGAAGGAGAGGAGACGGCGGGACACGCGCACCCAGAGAGCGUUCGCGAGUCGCGGCGCAAAGAACGAGCUCGCGAGCUAUGAAGCCAGAAGCGGAAGAAGCGCGCGAGGAGCGUGAAAGACACCGUGAGAGGAGAUCGCGAGCGGUUGGAUCGUCCGUCUUCGUCGCGAGAGAUGCGGCGAGCCGCGCAAAGACAAGGAUGAUGAAGAGAGUUAGAAGCGGUGAAGCCGCGUUGAGAUAAGGAAAAGAGGCAGAGGCUCACGCGCGUCUAACGAGGGGAGAAUACGGAGAGGUAAAUCCCGACAGACGUCACGGACGAUCCGAAGAUUAUAAAAGCGCUCCCGACCGUAGCCCCCCACUCGUGGAAACGCGAUCCAGGUAGUCGAGAAGGGGCCCAAGGAUGAUAAUGAUGAUAAGAAAUAUAUAUAUAUACAACAAGAUAUAUAUAUAAUAAUGAAAAUCCAUAGCGCGACGUCGCCUGCAAAAUCGGCCCUAACCAUAAUCUUAAUCUCUUUCAUGUAAAUUUGCUAAAUGUUUAAAUAAUCUAAAAAGUGCCAUAGCCCGGAUGCGCUGGUGCAUACUCCCAGCGCAUACACACUCACAAAUACGACUCGAUCUUCACGAAUCAAACGCAAAAUCCGCGGAUCGGCGCGUGCCAAAGCGCGCGCACGGCCGCGGUAAAAUUGGUAUUCUCGCCAAGGAACAAGUAUACAAUGUACAACAGCGACAGAAACCAACGCAAACAGGACACCCUCCCUCACAAGACGAACGGCGCGUGCUCCGAGAGACGCGCGUCCCGAUUGACACACAAGUCAAAGCAAAGUUGCCCUGGUUCACGAGCGUGCAACCCCGCGCGCUCAAACAUUUUUCAAUGCACGAGCACGUAACGUGCUCACAUACACACACACACACACAUACACAAUAUACGAAAUACAAGUAUACAAUUCCACACGAUUUUAUACACUAUAAAAGCACACUUAUCUACACUAUAAUUACACACGCUACGGAUAUGUAAAGCCAAUUAAUUUUGUAAAUUGCUCAAAAAAGGAUUUUUAAAAAGCUACGAUUCGGCCUUGUAAUAAUAUAUUUUCACGCGCGUCAUGCAGAUAACGCUGAUUCGUCUCGAAAAAGCUUUCCGGAUCUUUCUCAUGAAAGAGAGAGAGAGAGAGAGAGAAGGCACGCUUUUCAGACGGAGACGCAUCAUUUCGGGCGCCGUUGAAAAACGUUGAUCAAUUUUUUCACGGUAAUUUGAAAGGUAAAAUUUGUGGAUGACAUGACACAGCACACGCGUUUGUGCUCUCGCAAUACUACGUAACGUAUAAACGGAGCAAAAUUCGCGGCCUUUGGCAUACGUUUGGAUGCAGUACCGAUGAUGAACCGGUGCGUGCACAUUCGCGCGAGAUGAGAGAGUGCGGAUGCGCACGCCCAAAACACGUCCCGGACUUGACACGAGAGUACCCGGAUGUGACGUGUGGGCGGCCUCUUCGUCGGGCUACGAAUCCCGACGACGGACAGGUGGCAAGGUGCCAGAGAAUCUCGUCAACGAUAGUCGACGAGAGAAGAGAGACAAAGAGGAAGAAAGAGAUAUACAUAUAUACGUGUAUAUAUAUAUAUAUAUAUAUAUAUAUAUAUAUAUAUAUCGAGUAGAGAGAAGCGCGAGAAGCGACAGACGAAGCAACGAACAAAGUUCGUGUUCCCUUUGAUCGAGAGGGAGAGAGAGAGAGAGAGAGAGAGAGAGAGAGAGAGAGAGAAGGAAAGAAAGAAAAGGGCACCUUGGAUGCCACCGGGAGAGACCCCUGUUCCACGAGACGCAAUCACGAAAGGUGUAAUAACCACAUGAGGAACACACACAACCAAGAGGAAUGUGGCAGCGGCAAUUGCAUAAGGGCCGUUGUUCGAGUGCGGCUUUACAAGCAAAAACCGUUGGUUUGUUUUUGAUCGGGUUUUAAUUUUUUAAUGAAAUAAUCUCACGACGAAUAUAUAUGGCAUACGAUCGCGCGCGCGCGCGCCCGCCCGUCGCAAAGAUUUGCAGCGGAGCAGCAGAGUGCUUGCGCGGCAAUAUUUAUGGGGGCAACACGCACGGCACGACGUACGACGUAUGCGCAUAUUAUUCGUGGCAGUGUGUAUCGUAAGUGCGCAGCAUAUGAUAAAACCGACAGUCUAGCAGUGCGAGCGCCUCGGCGGCAUUCGCGUCUUCACGCGGUGACCCUGACCGAGCCUCCGUGAUUAAAAACCGGAAUAAGUUGUUUCAAUGUCCACUAUAUAAAAUGAAAGAGCCAUAGUUGUUAAGGCGAUGGGUUCCGGCGUUCGGCGAGUCGACCCCCACCUCGCAUUAUCGCGUUCGUCCUGGCCCCAGCGAGAAAACUUCGAGAGAGAUGACGGCGGCGAGUCAACGGGGGAAAAAAACGCGCGAAAGAUUUUAACGACCGCGAACAUUUCGGCAUUUUGUCAAAAUUAUGAGGUUUCUGGCAGAUCGAAACGAUCGACGAUAGCCGAGACGAUCCAACUUAGGAAUUUGGCAUCUAAAUGCGGUGUUUGGGAAACAAAAUUUUAUUUCAUCGAUUCAUAUUAUCGCCACAUUUCUCGACGUUAAAUGCGGUAGUCUGAUUUUUAUUCUUAUCUCUUAACAGGUGAAUGACAUUUGAUAAAAAUGAAUAAAAGUCCGAUGUCGCAUUUGGCGCUAAGCGUGUAGUGAAAAUAUGGAUCUUUAUCUCGGCUUCAGCAAGCGGAUGGGAAAAGGGAAAGAGCGAGAUGAUAGGAUGACACCGGAAAAGGAGAGAAUCCAGAGACUCUAAACCUUAUGAUCGAUCGAAGUCGUGAAGAAGUAGCGACUGCCAUGAUCCCAAAACCAUCUAUACAAUUGACAGUGGUCGACAACGACGAGCGUGCGGACCCAUCGCGCUGUCUCAUCACGGACAGAUCAUGCGAACGUGACGUAAAGAUCGAUCGUACUCGAUCGGCACGAUCGUAUCGCGUGUUCUCCGUGACGAGACGAUACUCUUUUCAAAAUAUUCUUCAUACUUCCGUUCAGGAAAAUGCGUUUCUUUCAACCUCAACCUGAUCAACCCCCCGCAUGCGUAUCCGAGGUGAAAGGCCGAGUCCAUUUAUCUGGCGUUAAAUGAAAAAAAAAAAAAAAAUCAAAAGAAAGGAAUAGUAAUCGCAAAAGAUAGAAUAUGAACAAUUUGCGAAAUUGGAAGCGAAUAAUUUCAAAUCGGCGAAUCAAAAAAAAAAAAAAAAAGACGGAAUAAUGAAAAUGAAAGAUGAAUCAGUACAUUGUCCGCUGAGUGGGUGCCUUUGUUAGGGUUUUCCGUUACAGUAAACAGACAGUUCUCAAGUAUAACUCACAAUUAGUAGUGCUAUGGUAGAACAGUAAUCACAAGUGUACCGCAGUUAAACAGUUAAAUAAGUAAGUAUACGGGAAGCACGUGGUCUUUUUCAGUGUCUGCAGAAUCUCGUCGUACAUCACCUACCGCUAGUCGGGUAGUGACACGACCGGAAGUAUAACCGGAUUCAUUUCGUGCGCAACUUCCUGUCCCUCCCAUCCCGAUCCUUCGUUUAGGGUAAACAUUUCUUCUCCCGUCUCCUUUCCUCCCCGAUUUUUUGGACCUCGAACGACCGGCGCAAAAAAGAUUCGAUUGAAUUAUCGAGAGAAACAUAUCCUAAGAUUAAAAUUGAAAGAAAUUACCCAACCUUAACCAAAAACCGGUCGCUCACAAUCCCUCCUUCCACACGAUUCAAUCGUCAUUUAACGAAUAAAUAUGAUAAUAAGUGUACUAAGUGUCUGUAGUUUAGCCAACGUGUACAUUGUAUACUCUGAGGUAGGCGCGAGAAAGCGAGUUGACAGGAGAGAGACAGGAUGUGGAUGAGAUAGAGCAGGAUAAAGAAGGAGAGAGGUAGACGAUUGCACGGUGGAGCCAUAUUUAACUAACUGAUAACGAUUAAUUAAUUACAGUAAUCAUUCAAGAUGACUUAAUUAACCGUACCGUAUACACACAUGCAUAAUUAUUAAUUACACGUAUUCCAGUAUUAUAAGUAAGGGCCAAGCGGUAGCGCCGCGCGUACCGCGCGCACCGCCUCUAUCCAAUAAAUAAAUCGCGGAGGCACUCACUACGGAACACGACGAGCAGGGACUUUGGGACUCGGACGCGGAUCGGAGGGUACCUGAACACGCGAGCCGCGAUCGUCCGGAGAUAUCGAAACUGUCCGCAACAUAUUGUUCAACGUAAGGGAAUUAAAAAAACAAAAAAAAAUAAAAAACAAAGCCAAGUUUUUCCCAACAAACUUAUCCGGCUUUUUCCUCCGGCGUUGGACGAUCGAAGCUAUUACGUAUAUUCGGAUUGUUUUCGGCAGUUCGAGCCGCCUGAAACGUUGGUACAACCCGCCAGUCCGCUCGACAGCAUCGCUUGUCAGGCAACGCGUGUUCAGGUGUCCCGUGUCCCCGUUAUUUUAUUGGUCUUUCAAGUGCAACGUUGAGUUAUUUCACUUACAGCGUUGUUUUUCUACACAAUACAAAAUACCCCACCACCCGUCCCCACCGGCGAACCAAUUCACCUCAUCACGCUCCCGCAGGAACAAAGCAUCCCUUUCAUCCACUAUCCCUCCCACUCAUCCCCCUUCAUAUACAAUGUUGUUUCACGUUCGUUCGCGAUGAACUUGGUUGCGAGUUUGACGGCAACUGCGCUCCGUUCCUCAUUAGACAAAAUUAAAAAUUAUCAGGCAAAUCUUUUUUUUUUAAUAUUUUUUUUUUAGUAUAAAAUAAAAAUUUAAAGUGUUUAUGGAGGAAUAGCGUCGAUUUAUUCUGAUAUUUUCGAAAAAUAUUCUCGGAAAUUUCAUAAAAAUUUCUUGCCAAAAAAUGAUCCACAAUCGAUGCACUUGCAAUCUUUGACGGUGCAUUGCGGGAAGGAGCGCGCUUGACCUCGACUCCGAAAAUAGCGAACGUUAAGUUUCAGAAUUCAGACUUUUACGUACAGUUAGUUACCGAGUAAUACAGCGCAAGUUAUCGUUAAUUUUCGACGCGCAGUCUCGUCGCGACGAAGGUGACUUAAAAAAACCACCUCACCUGCAUUAUUAUAUUCGGAUCGCGAAGAGCGCGACGAGGAUGCGCGUGCAGGUUUAAUGGUAUCGAUUGAGUUUGGUCGAAGUCCCCUUUUGGGCAAACACACCGACGCACUUCCGGUCCCGCCCGCCAGCAUCGUUCGAUGAAAAUAAAAAAGAAAAAAAAAGAAGAAGAAAAGGGAGAACGUUAUCUCUCGAGCCUCCGAAAAGAUCGCAGAAAGAGGAAGAGAAAGCGAAAUCCUCCGUUCGAAAUUCAAUUCUAGUCAAAAGAGGGUACAAAGCCGAGACGGGUGUCAACUCGGACAGGCGAGAUCGGUACUUAUUUAAUGCGAGGCGAAAGAAAGGGGGAUAAAAGAGAAGAGAAAAAUGUGAAAGGAGGAGGCUCAUGAGGGAGAAACUUUCCAUGGGAUUGCGUGAGCGCGUGUUCCAUUCGGCGCGCAGAGAAGAUGUUAAAGAGAGAAAUGGAAAAAAUCGGCAAAGUAAACAAAAACUAAGAAAAAAAAAAAAAAAAAACAAAGAAAGAGAAAAUAUGAUGCUGGGUAUCGCAAUCUAUGAAAUCGACUGGGUGGCGGGAUCGUCGAUCACGAGGAAAUAUCCGCGUUGCUGACAAAACGUAGCCUCUUUUCGUUGUGUCAAACCGCCGGCCAGGAUCCGGGCCGAUCCUUGUAUAAGCAAAAACGAGAAACUUUCAAAAAGCAAAAAAAGAUGAAUGUACGGUGCGAAUGGAUCUUUCAUGAAGCUUCGAUUGUUGUUGUUCCGUCGAGUUUUCCUUUUGCAUAUAAAAAUACCUACCCAUCCUUACGCUUUUUCGGCGAGGCCGCCAGACGGGAUCUCACACGUACGUUUCAAUCCGCAUGAGGAACGUCGAUCUAUGAUCGGCAAGGAGAUAGGAAAAGUUUGGAAGGAUGUAAAAAAAAAAGGAAAAUCGAAAAUACGUUGAGAGCCUGUCAAGCGAGCCCCAGCCUUUCGAUACCGCGGUUAACCUACAAUUAUUAUAAUUAUAAUUAGUUAUUAAUUAUAUUAUCAUUAUUAUUACAAUGAGAUUGCCAGAGGGCAAUUGGAGGCGUAUUUUAUAGAGAAACGAAAGGGAGGGGAGAAAGAGAGAGAGAGAGAGAAAUCUAAGAAGUAAUGCCUCGGUUUAUAAAAUUUUCGCUUGAGAAUCGUCGAAGCCAUAAUAUGUUAUAAAUCUGUAAUAAGUCUCUUAAGUGAAAACGACGAAGAGCGAUAGUAAGAGGAGAGAAGCCACGUUUCGAGAUCUCCUUUCUUUCUUUUCUUUUUUUUUCCACCGCUCCUUUUCUUUUUUAAUUAUACAC